AUGAGAAGAAACAACAAGCUGGCGAUAUCGACAUCGGAGAAUUUCAAAGCAACCAGCGUCUUGCUUGGCUACCCGCAUGCAGCCUAUGGCUUCAAGCUCGUCGGCAACGCCCAUGCGCCGUUCCGUUUGAACAGCGUCGAUCCCGAUUUUCGCAGCCCGGGUAAUCUCCCAGCAAGCAUAACCGGCCCGUUUUACCACCUCGAAACAGCCCGCUAUCGCUAUGCCCAGUUUUUGGUCCUGGUCGCAAAGACCGAGGCUCAGGCCCGGGCUCAGGUUACUCCGCCGCCAGUGCUACGGAGGGAUGAUGACGAUGACGAGAAGGCGCGUCUUGAACUUACAUGCCCGGUCGAGCAUCAUUUGUGCGCGACUGUCACGCCGAUGCAAUGCCCAACUGGCUACUACCUUUGCCCAUCGACCCUCAACUAUGGCUGUUGCAAGACUGGCAUGGCCUGCGCGCAGUUUGCGUGCUACUCAACCGACCCCGUGACAUCGACUUUCCUCGAGACCAUCACUACUACGGUCGACGACAAACUCGUCACGACUGUUAUCACUUCCCUUAGCAUCUCGACCCCUACUGCGCCUACUUUAUUCAUUGAACAGCCCAAUGUCGCAGCCAAGUUCAUUCCCACCGCGGUCACCAAGGUCCCAGCUAAGACGCCCUCCAGCCAGUCAGACAGUUCUGACUCAAAUGGCGGCUUGAGCCCCGGAGCAAUAGGCGGCAUCAUCGCCGGCGUGGUUGCCCUUUUAAUCGUGGUAGUCAUCGCCGCGUUCCUGGUCAUCCUCCGGCUGAGGCAUGUCCAGCAGGCCUACGAAUCCUCAUCACGGACUCGAACAGAGGACUCUGCCAGCCGUGGGCACAGAGGGGCAGUUCCCCAGUCUUAUACAUCCCCUCCUAAUCCUCCCCCAAUGCAAGAAUACCAUCGCACAUCCGGCAUCGACGACGACAUGAGCCUGAGCGUUGAACCCUCCACGGGGCUAUACCGCGACCUCCACAGCUCCAGCAUGCCUAUCUCCGGAUUAGGCCAUUCCCGUGGUCGAUCUGACUCAAGCAUCACUCCCGCCCCAUCUCCAUAUAAUUGGGCUGGUGCUUCCGAACUGGGAGCAGACUCCCCGACCAACAACCCCGGUUAUGCCUACUACCUCGACAGCCAGCAACAAGCCCAGGCUUCAUACAGCCCGCACCACCGCCGCAUGCACAGCAACAGCAUCACAACUGACAACUCGUCCCCACGCGUCCCCAGUACGGGGUAUCAGUACCCUACUUACCCGCGCCACUGGCGACAGCAGAGUAACACGAGCGAGUUCUCUAGUGAUGGGAGUGAGCAUGGCGGUGUUCAUGCCCCUUUGAUGAUGCCUGGUCACAGACGUCAUCCGAGUAGUUUCUCCCAGAGCCAGAGCCAAGGCCAGGGGUUUGUAUAUGGUCCUCGCGGGUAUCAGCCGGUUGUUGUUGCGGAUGAGGCGGAUUCGACUCCGGUUUAUGAGCUUGAGGGGGAGGGGUUUGGGAGGGUGCAGCAGCAGGUGAGAGCUGAUGAAGGGUUAGUCGGGAUUGCUCCUGGAGGGGGUGUAUUGUUGCCUGGAGAGGGGACCGUGGCUGCUACUGGGGCACAGCAGGGCCAUGAGAAUGGUGAGGAUGCAUCGGGGGAGCAGCGACAGCAGCAGCAACAUGGUCGGAGUAAAAAAGAAGGAGCAUGA